AUGGGCUGGGUGCUGUGGGGGGUCCUGCUCUCCUGGGUGUCAGUGGCUUGGGUGAGAGGGGCUGAGCAGUCCCAGGAGAUGUCCUCUUCUGCAGGGUUUCUGAAGUGCAAAAACGUCCUGAAUCUCCCAAGUCUGGAAGUCCUGCCAGGGGGGGGCUGGGAUAACCUCAGGAAUUUGGAUAUGGGCAGAGUCAUCCAUCUGGGCUACUCACUGUGCAAGACCACAGAAGAUGGCUCUUAUAUCAUCCCAGAUGAGAUCUUCACUAUCCCUCGCAAGCAGAGCAACCUGGAUAUCAACUCUGAGAUCAUUGAAUCCUGGAAAGAUUACCAGAGCAUCACCUCUGCCUCCAUCAACCUGGAGCUGUCCCUCUUCUCCUCCAUCAACGGCAAGUUCUCCCAUGACUUCCACCGGACGAAGACUCACCAAGUGAAAGACCGUUCUGUCACCACCAGAGUGCAGGUCAGGAACCUGAUUUACACUGCCAGGAUCGACCCAGGGGCAGUCCUGGAGGAGAGUUUCAAGAAGCAGCUGCUGACCAUUGCCAGCCACCUGGAGAACAACCAGACACGGACAGCUGAUUUUCUAGCCGAAAUGCUGGUGCUUAACUAUGGCACCCACGCCAUCACCUCUGUGGACGCUGGAGCCAGCUUGGUGCAGGAGGAUCAGAUCAAGGCAACCUUCCUUAAGGACAGCUGGGCCACACGGAGUGCUGUUACUGCCUCGGCUGGGGGAGCCUUCCACAGCAUCAUCAGUGUGAAAAAUAAGGAGUCCCUGGACAUCAGCUCUGGCUUCACCAAGCAGUAUCUGGAGAACCGCACCAACUCCAGGGUAGAGAGCAUUGGUGGCACCCCAUUCUACCCAGGCAUCACCCUCAAGACCUGGCAGGAGGGGAUCAGAAAUCAGCUAGUAGCUCUCGACCGCUCAGGGCUGCCUCUGUACUUCUUCAUCAACCCCAGCACCCUCCCAGAGCUGCCCACCCCCACAGUGAAAAGGAUGGCCAAGCGAGUGGAGAUGGCUAUCCGCCGCUACUACACCUUCAACACCUACCCAGGCUGCACGGACUCCAACUCGCCCAACUUCAACUUCCAUGCAAAUGCCGAUGAUGGCUCCUGUGAAGGUACAAUGACCAACUUCACCUUUGGGGGAAUUUUCCAGGAGUGUGCCGGCCUGGCUGGCCCCGACGCCAGCACGCUGUGCCGGGGACUGGAGCAGAAGAGAUACCUCUUUGGGGGUCUGUUCAGCACGCACAGUGCCAACCCCAUCACUGGGGCCCAGUCCUGUCCCUCGGGGUACUUCCCACUGAAGCUCUUUGAUGAGCUCAAGGUGUGCGUGAGCCAGGAUUACGAGGGAGGUGGCCAAUAUGCAGUGCCCUUCGGGGGCUUCUUCAGCUGCCAGGCAGGGAACCCUUUGGUGGGGUGGCGCCAGGGCACCACUGAGGAACCCCAUGCCAAAAGCUGUCCCCCAGGCUUCAGCCAGCACUUGGCGCUCAUCAGCGAUAGCUGCCAGGUGGAGUACUGCGUCCAGGCUGGCAUCUUCACAGGAG